CUGAUAUCCGGGGUCUCAUUUUAUCAGUUUUGCAGUGCUCUCCGUUCAGCUAUGCUACAAGUCGCAGUCUUACUGCUCGUCUCGGAUCUGCUUUCGAUCUGUUGGGCCGAGCAGUGUCCCGACGGUCUGCACUGUCCUUCUGGUUACGAAUGCUGCGGACGACACUACUGCUGCGAUCGGUCGUAUUAUUACUACACGACGUGGUGGUUCUGGAUGAUCUGGGUGAUGCUCAUUCUCUUCACCAGUUGCUGUUACUACUACCGUCGUCGUCACAUGACAAUGAGAAACACGAGACUAACCAGAAACAGAGAAAUGCCUAGCAUGAUCACUAUCCACAGCUCACUCGACGACGAAACAGACGCCGACGUCCCAUCACAAAACGAAAACACUUACGUACGUCGAAGUGGACAGGAAAGCGAAUUCUUGAAAGAUCUUCCACCGGAUUACGAGGCAGCGUUUGCUCCACCGCCUGCAUAUGAAGAAUCAAUGAACACCAGACAGGUGGAGCUGCCUACCAACCAGCCACCGCCUGAUUACUCCGAAUGAGUAUAAUGAGAGUUAUGUGUACAUGUAUUGUGGUGAUUAGCUUGUAGACUUUUUUUUGAGUCUUUCAGGGAAGGUGAUGUGUUUGUGAUUUUAGUGAGGGGGUUGGAGGGGUGAGUAGGUUUGUAUAUUGGCACGAAGUGUGGGUAUGCUAGCUUGGUAUUUGAGAGACAAUUUAAAGUCUGGAGUAAUUGG